AUGCUCUCUUUGUCCCCGCUGAGUCCAGACUCGCUUUCGUUUAUCAACAAGAUCGACCCCAAGAAGCGCAAGACUCUCCAGCUCCUUCGCCUCCUCCAGAUCAACAACGGUGUCUUCGUCAAGCUCACCAAGGCUACCAGCGAGAUGCUCAAGAUCGUCGAGCCCUUUGUUGCUUACGGAUACCCCAACUUGAAGACCGUCCGCGAGCUCAUCUACAAGCGUGGCUACGGAAAGGUCAACAAGCAGCGUCUGCCCAUCACAGACAACGAGCUCAUCGAGAACAGCCUCGGCAAGUUCGGUAUCACCUGCAUUGAGGAUGUCAUCCACGAGAUCUACACCGUCGGCCCCAACUUCAAGGCCGUCUCCAACUUCCUCUGGCCAUUCAAGCUCUCUUCGCCCAACGGUGGUUUCCGUACCCGCAAGUUCAAGCACUUCAUCGAGGGUGGUGACCUUGGUAACCGCGAGGAGUUCAUCAACCAGCUCGUCAGGCAAAUGAACUAA